AUGGCUGCCGCCUGGCAGCGUUUAGAGUUUCUAUACCUUGGAGGAAAUUUCAUUACUGAGAUUCCACCUGAAUUAGCAAACCUGCCUUCUCUAAGCUAUCUAGUUCUGUGUGACAACAAGAUCCAGAGCAUUCCACCUCAGCUGGCACAGCUGCAUUCCCUGCGUUCCCUUAGCCUGCACAAUAACCUGCUGACUUACCUUCCUCGAGAGAUCCUUAACCUGGUUCACCUGGAAGAGCUGAGCUUGCGUGGGAACCCACUGGUGGUUCGGUUUGUGCGUGACUUGACCUACAAUCCCCCGAGCCUUCAGGAACUAGCUGGACGCACAAUUAAAACUCGCAGUGUUCCCUACGCUCCCUGCGAUCUCCCGGAGAAUCUUGUCCGGUAUCUGAGCUUGGCCAGCAACUGUCCCAAUCCUAAAUGCGGGGGUGUCUACUUUGACAGCUGCGUCAGACAAAUCAAGUUCGUUGACUUCUGUGGGAAGUAUCGCCUCCCGCUGAUGCACUACCUGUGCUCCCCAGAGUGCUCCUCUCCCUGCAGCUCUGCCUCCCAGAGCUCUACUUCCCAGAGCGAGUCUGACUCUGAGGAUGAAGCCAGCGUCGCUGCGCGGAGGAUGCAGAAAGUCCUUCUGGGAUAACAGGGAGCGAGAGGGGAAGGCCGGCAGGAAAAUGUGUUUGAAAAGCAAUAAUGGAACGGCAAAGCAUGAGCCUCUGGCCUGAAGGGCUCACAAGAAACUGUCCUCAAGUCCAUUUAAGGGGCAGAACAUCUUAGCAAGCCUAGACUUGUUUGAUGCAGUGCUACUUAGGAGAACUAACUCAGUGGCAUACUGCCUGUAGGGUGCCUGGGGUUGUUAGAAACAUCUCCUGUCUGGGAGACACCCCCCCCACCUCGUAUGGGCUGAGGAGAGGGAUUUGUUCUCACUGGCGGAUUGAGAAGGGUUUUAAUAUGUGACACUUCACUGGACUUCAGUCGUCCUGCAGAGCAAAGGAGGCUGUCCAGAUCUUUUAACACUGUGGUAAAUCAGAAACAGGCUAAUGAUGCCAUGUGAGUAUGUUUGGACCCCA